AUGAAGGGCUCUAUGCUCCUCGCCGCCGGCGCCAUGCUUGGCUCCGCUCAAGCCGGCGUCCACAAGAUGAAGCUCAAGAAGGUGCCUCUGGCCGAGCAGCUGGAGCACGCCAACAUCGGCGAUCAUGUCAAGGCCCUCAGCCAGAAGUACAUGGGCUCGCGCCCGCAGCUCAACACCGUUGAGGAUAUCUUCAAGACCCAGCCCGUCGACGCCGACUCGGAGCACCCCGUUCCCGUCACCAACUUCAUGAAUGCCCAGUACUUCUCGGAGAUUUCGCUCGGCACCCCUCCGCAGACCUUCAAGGUCGUCCUCGAUACCGGCAGCUCCAACCUGUGGGUGCCGUCGUCCGAGUGCGGUUCCAUCGCCUGCUAUCUCCACACCAAGUUCGACUCGAGCUCCUCGUCUACAUACCAGAAGAACGGGAGCUCCUUCGAGAUCCGUUAUGGCUCCGGCAGCCUGAGCGGCUUCGUGUCCAACGACGUCUUCACCAUCGGUGACCUGACUGUCAAGGACCAGGACUUCGCCGAGGCCACCUCGGAGCCCGGCUUGGCCUUCGCCUUCGGCCGCUUCGACGGCAUCAUGGGUCUUGGCUAUGACACCAUCUCCGUGAACAGCAUUGUUCCGCCCUUCUACAACAUGAUUGAGCAGGGCCUUCUUGACGAUCCCGUCUUCGCCUUCUACCUCAGCGAUACCAACGAGGAGGGUGCCGAGUCCGUCGCCACCUUCGGUGGUGUUGACGAGAGCCACUACACUGGCAAGCUCACCAAGAUCCCCUUGAGGCGCAAGGCCUACUGGGAGGUCGAUCUUGACUCCAUCACGUUCGGUGACGCAACCGCUGACCUCGACAACACUGGUGCCAUUCUUGACACCGGUACCUCCUUGAUUGCUCUCCCCUCCACUCUUGCUGAGCUCCUCAACAAGGAGAUUGGUGCCAAGAAGAGCUUCAACGGUCAGUACACGAUCGAGUGCGACAAGCGUGAUGGUCUUCCCGACCUUACCUUCACCCUUACCGGUCACAACUUCACCAUCACUUCGUACGACUACAUCCUCGAGGUUCAGGGCUCGUGCAUUUCCGCCUUCAUGGGCAUGGACUUCCCCGAGCCUACCGGCCCUCUUGCCAUCCUGGGAGAUGCCUUCCUCCGCAAGUGGUACUCGGUCUACGACCUUGGCGAGAACUCGGUUGGCCUCGCCAAGUCCAAGUAA